GUGAUGAUGUGGAAACUGGUGAUGAUGUAUACUUUCGCAUUGAAGGCUCAUGGUCUAAAUUCAUUCAGGAUAACCGUUUGCGUUUUUAUUUACAUAGUUUAUAGAUAAAAAAAAUCGGUUGUGACACCCCGUGCCAUUUCCAGCAGUCAUUCGUCUCCCGUUUGUUGGAACGUCACGAAACAUGGAGACUUUAUAUCACGAAACAAAUAAACAAAUCCAAGAUGUACAAUCCAGAAUGGGGCGCCUUGAAACGACAGACCGGGAGUACAUCGGAUUGCUGGAGGAGGAGCUGCAGGCAAAAAUUAACCAAAUCUUCCGUCACCUGGAAAGACUGGAGAUAUUGGCCAGCAAGGAACCACCGAACCGGCGGCAGAAUGCCAAGCUACGAGUAGACCAGUUGAAGUAUGACAUCCAACACCUUCAGAGUGGCCUUCGCAAUUUCCAGCAGAGACGAUAUGUCCGUGAGGUCCAAGAGCGUGAGAGGGACGAGCUGAUGGCCCGUACCUUCACCACCAAUGAUGCCGACACCUCCAUCUCGAUCGACGAGACACUUCAGUUCAACACCAGCCUGAACGAUGCACACAAAGGCAUGGAUGACCUUCUUGCAAGUGGCGGCAGUAUCCUAGAUGGCUUGAGGGACCAGCGGAGCACAUUGAAGGGCACCCACAAGAAGAUGCUGGAUGUUGCCAACAUGCUGGGGUUGUCCAACACGGUGAUGCGUCUGAUUGAGAAGAGGGCCUUCCAAGACAAAUUCAUUAUGAUUGGUGGCAUGCUGGUCACCUGCAUCGUCAUAGUCUUGGUAAUUAAAUACCUGAGCUAAGGGGAGCCAGCUACUGCCACCACAACCCUGUUGGCAGAGCAAGAGGAUGAGCUACUGCCAGGGUACUUGAGGGGUUGAGCACAUCAACACCCUUUGUGUGUCUUUAUCAUCAUGACACCAUGAUCGUACGCCACACAGGCAAGUGUUGAUUUUUUUUCCUUUUUUUUAAGAAAAGGACAAGUUAUUGAAAACCUUCAGCAUUCUGAAAUCUUGAAUACUGCUCUAUUAGAUGGAAUGUACAUGAAAAUGGAGUGCAGACAUAACAUUGAAUUGUGAAAAAAAAAAUCAACCUAGAGGAAAGUAUCCAAUUAUCUGUGAUUGUCUCAGUGAAGCGGAGUGAUUUUUUUUUGCGGAAGCAUUUUGAGAACGCAGAGACCUACAGCUUGAUGACAGGGAAAGACCCUCCCGAAGGAUUUCCUGCCAAUGUUACUGAGCUUCAGGCAGGCGUUCCCUGUAAACUCAUGGCGUCGCACACAGAUUUACCACGACGGCUGCACUUCUGGUCCUUUCCAUGCACUUCUUCAGUGGCACACCACAGAUGAGGAGUUCUAGUCUGAAAGUCAUAUUCAGAGGAAUUUUACGAAGGAGUUGUGUGGAUUAAGAUGUGAAUGAAUCACCUGCAUGAUUCAGUGGGUAAUGCAUUUUUUAAUAGUUCUAAAUAUGUCUAGUACUGAAGUUUAAUUCUGUUCCAUGACCCCUGAAUUUUUUUGAAUUUCAGACCAGAUGGUAACAGGAAGCAAAUUCUGACUUGUACCUAUAUAUCCAUUGCCUGACCCAUAACAUAAAAAAGCAUUUCUCAUAACUGUUAUAAUACACAAUAAUUAAUGCUUAAAAAUAAUUUAAAUGUCAAUGUAUUUUUUACCAUUAUUCUUAUAAAACCAAUUGUGGUUUGAAAUGCAAUGGCUAAAAUGUAGCAUGUCAGAAUUUAAUGAGAGGAGUCAAAUCUUUAAACUGUCGGUGGUCUGGAUGAGUAAUAACUAACCCAGUGCCGCAGAGAGGUGAAUACAGCAAACACCUUGCAGGCAGGAGGAUGUAUGUCAACAGGAUCUUGGGCUUUGGCUCAAAAUGUGCCCUCAGGAGAGCUGCAGAAAAAUUCCACCUUUCUGUCUUCCCCGCUGGUGCAUGUCUCUCAACUGUCAGGAAAUUAGAUUUUUUUCCUUCCUUCCAGUGAAUCGCCAAUGUCUAGUCCGAGAACAACUGUUUGUGUUGUCCUUUUCACUGUUUUGAUCGAAAGCCGCCUCCAAGCAAUGUAAAAACAAACGGUUUGGGUAAUAUUUCUGCACAAUGGGUCUGUUACCAAUCAUAAGCAAAGCUGGGGACUUACUAGAGUCUCAACAAAGGCCCAGCAGAAAUGUGAAUAUGAUGGUCUGUAUGGACUGAAAAUGUGUUUUUGUUAAUAGUUUUGCCCUAUUUCUUGCUUUUGUUUGGAUUAAAAUUGACAUAUAAGUUCUGUGAUCAA